AUGCUGAUCAAAAGUGAUGGGAAAGCCCUCCAGCGCCCAGUUUUGUCGCCGGAUGGCAAAACGCUGGCGGUCAUCUCGCCAGAUGAACGAAUACACCUCGUCGACCUCAGUGAGGCCGCCAAAGGACGGAGAUUCAUCAAUGGCAUCAAGAUCCCUAAGAGCGCCCGCUCUUUCCUGCGAACUUGCACCAUCCUCCGCUGGUCGCCAGAGACCAUGAUUAGCCCUGGGGACGACGCUGCAGAGGCUCAAUCCGCGACCACGUCAGAGUGUGACUUUGGACAAUCCUGGCUGCUUCUAUCAGACGGCAAACGCCUUGUCGCACUGAGCACUGAUAUCAAAACACCCGGGAUGAUGUCGGCGGGCGACGACGAGACAGGCGCUAAGUCCAACAUACUUGCUGAUUAUGGCCUAGGGGGCCAACUGGGCAAGCUCAGCCUCGUCGAGUUCGUCUUCAACCACAGACACGCAUUAGUCAUGUUCGAGUUUGGCUCUGUUGCAGCUGUACUCUCCUUGACCAAGCCUCAACGAAACGAUAUUCCUCACAUCAAGUUUUCGGAUCCGAGAAGUCUGGCAAAAUCACCAGAUUCUAGGUAUUUUGCCUUGCUCCGUCGUGACAAAGCACAGGACAGAGUAACCGUGUUUGAGCUGGGAGACAACAACCAGAUGACGUACACGUCCUUUGAAUGCAACACCUUAGAUGCCCAGGAUCUGACGUGGUGCCCGACCGGACAGCCCCUUCUGGCAGUGAUUGACUCACCAACAUAUGGUGUAAAGGUGUCCUUCAUGACUGCACAAGGCCAGACGCUAAGGCAAUUGGAAAUUAAUUCAUCGGCAUUCAAUUGGGAUCUUAACCUUGCCCUCUCCCCUCAGGUGGAGGGUAUAGGUCUUACCUACUGGAGGUGGGUCAGGGCAAAUCGGCACAACAACAAUCUUACACUCCAAACACUCGCCAAUGGACAGAAGCAGGUGCUUGUCCGGUACCAGUCCUCCAACAGUAUCGGAACUCGCACGCGAAUGAAACUUAUUCAUCCAGACUUGAUUGAAGGGUCAAAGACGUUUUUAUGGCUGGAGUCUAGCACCGACAUGUCCUCAGCGUUCUUGCGACAGACUGGCACUUUCGAGGUUGCACACACGCCGUCUAGCACCGACUUGAUUUCACAACCCCGCUCUACGUCUCAUUCUCAGCUCCCGUCACAAGAGCUCGAUCAAGUCGACCUGAUCGAGGUCGACUCAACACAUACACUGCUCGCCACGUGUCUGGGCUCCUCCCCUCGAACAUUAUUCAUCUGGAAUCUACAGAAUACAUCGCAUCCGCAUACUGUCCUCAUCUUCACACAUUCCAUCCGCCAGGUUCACUUCCAUCCUUCCCUUCCCCAUGUCCUCAUCGUCAUCACAAGCUCCAAACUCCCUAGGUUGUAUGCUUGGUACCAUCAGACCCUUCCUCCAGCAUCCGGCCUGGUCCCGAUUGAUACAGUGUCGACAAACUUUUGUGGUUGUUGGCUGCCUGAUUGUAUUGCCGACAAUGGCAGCACUGACAGGUGUCCCUUUCUCUUUGCCUCGAGUACUGCAUUUGAAGCUGGGUACUUGUCUGGCGACGAAGGACAGGUAGUUUUCAAAAGCAUUUUGCGUCCGCCACCAUUAUCUGGGGACGUGAGCUUGGGUCCGGAAGGCGACGAGUCAACAACUGAGAUCAUAGAGACGCCGAGUCGACCCAGCAGGCAGAAACCAGUCGAGGGCGAGAACGUGGCCGCGAAGAAGAAGGCACAUUUUGAUGUUCCGCCAAAUCCAAGGACAGAUUGGGCAGAUGACCCGUUGCAUGCGCAGGCUGGGUACGCCUACGCUUGGUGA